AAAGACGAACCCAAACGAGCCAGAUACACAUCAACAACAGGCCAGAAUAAACAACCGGACCUGAAAUUCGUCAAUUGACUAGAUCAAUAACUCAACCCACAGCGCAAGCGAUCCAUUGACCGCAUGAGGCGUCUAGCGCAGUCACUCUCCCAGUACCUCCCCGGCUUUGCGACCCGACCGCGUGUUGCCACUACCGACAGCCCUUCCACCUCGACUGCUUCCGAAAUGUCCACAAGGAGAUCAUCAAGACUUAGUGCUGGUGCACAGACAGAGCAAGCUGCUGCGCCGGCCCCGUCUUCUACAAAACCAGCGCCCGCUCGUAAGCGCAAAGCUGUAGACGCGCCCGCUGUCACGAAUGGGGUGCCCACGACACCGACAAAGAAGAAAUCUAAGGCUACCGUUGCACACACUCCUGAUGAGAAGAAAUUGACAACAGGCGCUGCGAACGUAGCCUCAGAGGCAGCACCUGUGGCUGCCAACCCUGCCGUUGCGCGACUAGCUGAUCCUCGAUACACAAAUGCAAUGUUGGUAUCGCCUGAGACUUCACGAAUUGUUUCUCGCAAUGUCAAGCCACUACCGCCUAUAAAUCUAUCUAAGAAGUCUGCUGGAAAGGGAAAAGCACAAGAGCCCCAAUCGACCACUACGACACAGACUUUGCUACAGGAGGCUUGCGAUUAUCUGAUCAAGGUCGAUGAACGGAUGCGGCCGCUCAUUGCAAAACAUACGUGUCGGGUCUUUUCGCCAGAAGGGCUAGCAGAAAAGAUUGACCCAUUUGACAGCCUAUGCAGUGGUAUCAUUUCACAACAGGUGUCUGGAGCAGCGGCCAAGUCUAUCAAGGCCAAGUUUAUCGCUCUCUUUAACAACGAAGGUGAAAGAUUUCCGCAUCCAUCCGAGGUAGUGCCCAUGUCAGUCGAGACGUUACGCACUGCAGGACUCUCGCAGCGAAAGGCUGAAUAUAUCCAAGGUCUUGCAGAGAAGUUUGUUAGUGGCGAAUUGACGGCGCAGAUGCUGCAAGAUGCUGACUACGAAGAAGUCUUGGAGAAGCUCAUUGCCGUUAGAGGAUUAGGCAAGUGGUCUGUAGAGAUGUUUGCUUGCUUUGCGCUCAAGCGCAUGGACGUCUUCUCGACUGGCGACCUUGGCGUGCAGCGCGGCAUGGCCGCUUUUAUGGGCAGAGACGUCGCUAAGCUAAAGGGAAAAGGAGGCAAAUGGAAGUAUAUGUCUGAGCAAGAGAUGGUGGAGAUCUCAGAUCGAUUUAAACCAUACCGUACCUUGUUCAUGUGGUACAUGUGGCGCGUCGAGGAAACAGACAUAAGCACUAUGGAAAAGUAGAGCAUCUACACUCUGAAGUUGGCGUUAUCCAAGGUUAUCUUUGCACUGUGCCAGUGAUACAAGUUUCGUCCGAAUCGUGUAAAAAGGUCUCAGUAUUCAUCGAAACCGAGCUACCUGUACGGGUGGACAAAACAUUAAUAAUGAGAACGCACACAAGCAUGGUCACUUGCCGAGUUAGCCAAUGUAACCUCUCUAUCGCAACCUGAAAUAGAAAUGCACACGAUGAGUGAUGACGAUGGUGAUGAAGUAUGAUAAAAUUCGUCUCGGAUUCUCUGUUGAGUUUUCGAGAACCCUAGGUUGUAUGUUGGCUGUCGCUUUCUGGCCUAGGUGCGAUGGUCCAGACUCACCGAACGUACGACUCGUUACGCAGCCGGGGCUUUCUAUGAAACCCUUGAUAGGUUCUAAUAGAAUUCAGUCAUUAUGUCAUCCAGUCAGUCGAUUAUCGCUAUAUUUUUUUUCUUGUUACGGGUUUGAGCAGAUUCAACUACCACUGUGUAGAGGCAGCGACGCGUUGUACGAGCGGCGUUUUUAACCCGGCCGUGAUAUCCGGCUGGGACAUGGCUUAUACGACACCAGUAACGGUGGCGCUGCAGCCACGACGGCGGUUCCUGCAUCUCGAUUUUUUCUUUUGCUCUAGACAGAAUCGAGACCAGAGCAUUCCCCUAUUGUCAACUGCGAGCGAAAAGCGAAGUCUCUAGGAACCAGGUCGCUCACCAGGCGUGUCUGGUUUGAUUACCGUUUAGCACCCUGGACACCGUAUUUUAUUUCCGGGAUGAUCUUUUUGGCCACCAGAUUCACUCAGAGUCAGAUGGUAGCAAAAAGGAAAUUCAGUUUUAAUUAGCCCAUGCGUCUACGGUGAUGGUGGGAAUGCUGGGACCGAAAUUGCCCAUAUUAAUAUCGCCCCUGGGGGAUCCCCUGUCUAGCUCCGGCGCCAGCGCGGGAAAGGGUACCAGUAGGACUAUUGGGGCCCAAUAAUUCUCAUGGGCAGGAUGAGGACGUACAGGUACUGUACCAAGUCGCUUUUCGGACUCUGUCCACCUGUACAGUACAAAGUUACUUGGCGCUUCGCCAUGGGCUCGUGUGGCAAAACCGGCAUCAAUGUAGCCGGUUUGUGGAUGAGCGGCAAAGUCUUG